GAGAGUACGGUUUUCUAAUUGAACUACUUUACAGUAGAACUGUAUUUUUAAAGUAACUUGUUUUAAUCCAGUUGCAUUUACUUGUGUUUAAAUCUCAUACAAUAGCUUUCUUGCAUUGAGAAGUUUAUUUUCUGAUUUGUUUCAGGCUGUCCUGUAGGCUACCAACAGCACGGUGGCAACUGCUACAAGGCAUAUAACGAUGAGAAGACAUUCGACGAGGCUGCUGCAACAUGUCAGGGUGAUGGAGGCAGUCUGGCCAUGCCCCGUGACCAGGCCACUCAUGAGUUCCUGAUCAACCUGAAGAACCAAGUUGACAGAGAUGCAUGGUUCUACCUUGGCUUAGAUGAUCUGGAUCAGGAGGGAGACUGGCGGUACAUCGACGGGACGCCCCUCGGAACCUUCCAGCCCUGGGCCCCGAGAGAACCAAACAAUAGUUUUGACAAUGAAAACUGCGGUAUGAUGUUCGAAUAUAACACAUGGAAUGAUGUACGGUGCUUCAAGGAACUGAAGUUCAUCUGCCAGACAUCCUUGCAAGCACCACCCACGAGGAAAACAUCACAUGUACAGAUCUGUCGAUCCCCACCAGUCAAGAAAACAUCUCCAUCCUCAGACGACACCAAGCUCUGAUUGAUUGUGAGAAACCAGAUGUCACAAUGGAACAUCCAAGAACAGCAGUGUGGAGUCAGCUGAGAAUUUUCAAGUUAAUCCUUCAGUUCUGCGGAAAUAUUUAGGGCCCACCCACCCGUUUUGAGAUGAUUAAAUAUUAUAUU